UUACUCAGUUAAGCAGCCCAAAUUAAAAAGAAUCAGGUAUUGUAAUAAAAAUCUUAAUGGCCUAACUUGUUUUCCUGUUGAGUUGCUCUGGAUAUGCAAUAUACCAUUCAAAAGCUUGUGACUGUUAGAUAUCAAAAGUGACUGAUUUUUCAAACUGGUCAAGUGGAAGCCAGCUGCUAUGAACUUCAGAUCAGCUACAAUGAACGACUGGGACAAGAGUGACGAACUUAUCCAGAGACUGGAUUUUUCCAGCUGUGGUGAAGAGAAUGAGAUGGAAGAGUACAGUAGUAUACAAGAAGAGGAUCCCCAGGAUUCAAGCCCCCUGAAGAGCAGUGAUUUUCAGAGUUGGAGAAUUAACAGUUCUCUUACAGUAACCCCAAAGAGAAAAGUAGGCGAUGUCUCUCUGACUCAGACUAAAGCAUGGGUGAGUCCCACUGUGGACUCUGCUUCAUCCUUCAGAGGGAAUGCUAGCCCUGCCUGGGAGUGUCCUGGGACUCCACUGCAUUAUGUCACCUGGAGAAAACUGCAGCUGUGUGACACCCCACACACCCCCAAGAGUCUUUUAACAAAGACUGCUUUUCCUUCAACCAUGGGAAGAUUCCCCUCCAAAGGUCCCCGGCACUUGAAAUUUACUCCUGGUGCUGAUCCAGAUGAUUCUGUCCAGGCUUCGCUGGUCAACAUUAACCCAUUUACACCAGAAUCAUAUCGACAGAUGCUCUUUCCUCCUAGUAGCAAGAGGAAAGCCAGAGGGGAACUAUCUCAUUUCAGGGAAGAUCCCACUCUAAGCCGGGGCAAGGUGGAGCAGGGGCUGCCAGCCACGAGAUUUCUUUUGAGAGAGAGCAACAUGGUUUCCCGCUACAAGAAGGAAUUCCUGGAGUUAGAAAAAAUUGGGGUAGGGGAAUUUGGUUCUGUCUACAAGUGCAUCAAACGCCUAGAUGGAUGUGUGUAUGCUAUCAAGCGCUCGAAGAGGCCUCUGGCAGGAUCCUCAGAUGAGCAAAUGGCCUUGCGGGAAGUCUAUGCCCAUGCAGUCCUUGGACACCAUCCCCAUGUUGUGCGCUACUACUCUGCAUGGGCAGAGGAUGAUCACAUGAUCAUUCAGAAUGAACAUUGCAAUGGUGGGAGCCUUCAAGAUGUGCUGUUGGAAAAUGCUAAAACUGGGCACUAUUUCCAGGAAGCAGAGCUAAAGGAGAUCCUUCUGCAAGUCUCCAUGGGGCUGAAGUACAUACACAGCUCUGGCCUGGUGCACAUGGACAUCAAACCUAGUAACAUUUUCAUCUGUCACAAGCUGGUGACUGAUGGCUCCGCUGCUCAGGAAGAGAGCGACAGUGAAGAUGAUGGCUUCUCUUCUAAUGUGGCGUAUAAAAUUGGUGACCUUGGCCAUGUAACAUCGAUAACUAAUCCCCAAGUGGAGGAGGGAGACAGUCGCUUUCUGGCCAAUGAGAUUCUGCAAGAGAAAUACUGCUACCUGCCAAAGGCAGACAUCUUUGCCCUGGCAUUAACAAUUGCUCUAGCAGCAGGGUCAGAACCACUACCUCGCAAUGAUGUUAUGUGGCACCACAUCCGCAAGGGCAACCUUCCGCCAAUCCCCCAGCAGCUCACACCUGGCUUCCAUGGACUCCUUAAGCUCAUGAUUCACCCUGACCCAGUUGCAAGACCAUCUGCCACAGCUCUUACUAAACACCCAAUUCUUCGGCCCUCUCUUGGAAGAGCUGCACAACUCCAGAAGCAGCUAAAUGUGGAGAAAUUUAAGACGGCCAUGCUGGAAAGGGAACUGAGAGCAGCCCGUCUUGCGCAGACUUUUAGGAAGGACCAGCCCUUGGGAUGUGCUAGAUUAGAGUCUGAAACCUCUUCCAAACUGAACCGCAGCAAGCGCCUAGUAGGAGGGAAGAAUUCUCGCUCAUUCAGCUUUACAUGGGGUGGCUACUGAAAAUCCCAUCACCCAGACUGUUGAGCUGACAAGUUGACAAGUGUCCCUGUGGAAGCAGAAGACCUCUGCAGACCAAAGUGCCAUGCUAAAACUCCCUGGAAUAGAUCUUGCCUGCUCCAUCAUUCAUACAGCUUAAUGCUACCAUGACUGGAAGUAACUAGUGUACAAAUAUGAGACCUUCUCCACCCAUCUAAAUGACAAUGUCUUGAGUCUUAAGUGGCUUAAACCAGUUUUUGAUGCAAUGGCUGGCUGAUCUAGAUGUUUGUUUUGGUUGUAUUCUAGACAAGGAAUAGAUUGAUUCCCUUCUACUUAUCUCAUGCAGCUAAACUAGGGGACAGACAUUUCUAUGGCCUUGAUAUUCUGGCAGUGCUUGUACAUCAGAAAGGGGCAUUAGCAGGUGCAAAGAGGAGAGUGUGUCCAUAGCUCAGGACACUUACUCCCACUUAACUCCCUUUGCUCCACCAGGAGUUAAGCAUGAUACAGCCCAGUCAAGUUGGGAUUUGAGCUUUAAGGAAGUAAGCUUGUUAAGACAGCAAUUUUGAGAUUCUUUGGAUCAAUGUGAAAUGAACAAAGUGAUAUUGCACUAUGGGAAGAAUGCACAAGGUAACAGUGUCUUUACUUUCAAAUGACUCUCCUGCAGAAUCUAAGGGAAUGUUUUCCUUUCUAGAAAGCUUCAUUUUGGCUUCUGCAGGCCACCUUCUGAAGCCUUAUCUCUGGAUAUGUGACCUUUUUGCCCAGUAUUGAACUCAUAGGACACAACCUCUUUUUAACAUGAUGGCAGUGGAUGGGUCUAUAUUUCCUCUGUCACUUGUGCAGAGUUAGAUGGAACAGUUGCUUGUCUGCAAGAUUGAUCUUUCAACAAUCCAGAGGGGAUGGUAGAAGUGAUAAUUUAGAAUCCUUCAGUUUGGGGAUUGCCUAUAUAAAAUGUUAAAAUUAAAACUCAAAAUAAAUCCUGUCCCCUGUAAAAUAACUUAAUGAUAUUGUUUCUUCUCUGAUAUCUUCUUGCCCAAAUCCCUCGCAAGUAGAGUAUGACUGGGGCAGUAUUUCUGGAAAAAGAUUCUAAGCCCUUGACUAUUUUGAUGACAUGGUUUUUGUUUCUUAUUUAAUUUAUUUAAUUUCACUUCCAGCUGCCGGACAGCAUCAGAUUUUAAGCUGUGGAGUACUUUCCCUUUAUUUUUAAAGUGGAACAUGCAAAUAAAGAUUUUACCAUUCUUUUUA